AUGUCCUACUACGAGAACAACCCUCAAUGGUCCAAUCCCGGCCCGAACAAUUGGGAACACCAGGCGCCUCCUGUUCGUGCUGGUGAGUCGUCCCAGCCGUCGCAGCGCCAACUUCAACAACCCGAAGCCGGAAUUGACUCGAGGUUCCCGUCAACAGGUGCCAGCGGCCCCACGCCUCAGGACGACUUCGCAUUCUUCUACCAGUUCGAGGAGGUUGAUCGUGCAUACGAGAAUCUCGCCAAGAGCGGGAAGUCAUACGGAAUGGGCGGUCGACGUGAGUACCCAACCCCUGGCGGCCCCAAGAUGGGCCCUGCCGGUCCUGGUCCCGCCAGAAAGUCCCUCGACUUCACCGGACGCAUGGGAGCUGGAGCCGGUCCGCGACCGCACUCGAUGAACCAGUUCGAUGAUGCCCGAGGCCACCCGAACUCGAACCUCCAAAACUUUUACGCCUCCCAGCGCCACCAGUCCUCCCGGGGAUCCAACGACGCGGAACAGAUGAUGCAGGCCAAGAGAAGGAUGGCCGCUCAACGGGAGCGGGAGCUGCGAAACCUCCACACUGAGCAGCAAUACCAGCGAACUCUCGUUUCUGACAUCCCCUACGGCAACAAGGCCAUGUCUGAGGAGGAGACUCGCGAGCUGAUUGCUCGGCAGCGGAGCGCCUUGUACGGCGAGGGCCAGUUUGCCGAGAAGGCUGGCUAUGUGGACGAGACUGGUGCCGUGCGCCCUGGCGUCCCGGGACACAGUGGUCCCUCCAGCAUCCGUGGCCAGUCUCCCUUGACCUACGAUGUCACCCGCGGACCGCCUCCUCACGGCGAUGCCAACACGCCCGUUUCUGCCACCGACGGUCCCGGCCCCAUCGCCGGCCCUCCCGGUGAGCAGGGCUCUCGCGCAGGCAGCACCGCCAGCCCCCAGCCGAACGUCUCGAACAGCAAUAAGAGUGCCUUCGAGUCGGCCGUGAAUCAGGCUGCGGCCCGCACCAACAACUCCUCGCCGGGUGGUUCUCCGCCGCGCCAGGAGCUUCCGGGAUCUAAGCAAACCGUUGCUCCCAUCGGCACUCGGCCGUCCGGUACCCCGACUGGUGCUUCCAACUCCAAGCGGUCGACCACUCCCCUCGCCUCCCCCGGUGGCUGGGGUCGUGGCAACGGUGUCUGGGGCCCUCAGUCGUCCGGAUUGAGCCAGCCUCCUGCUAGCGUCUGGGGCUAG